AUGACCGCUGCCCUACCUGCACGACUCCCGGCGAACCUCACUCGCAGACGCGCCCCGUCACAGCACCGAGAGACACCUUAUCGCCGGACCGACUCCUUCCGUAAUGGAGCGGAGGCGCCAGGAGCGAGGCCGGGACCCAGAUCUGGCAGAUCAGAUAACGAGGCUUCGGGAAUCGGGAAGUUCCAGCGUACGAAAACAAAGAUUUUGUCAGAGGUAAAGUCUGACAUUGGGUCUCAGAAAAUGGCCUCAAGAAGCCACACUGAAUUUUUUGUAGCCAUGAGGAACAAGGCAGCACAGAAUCAGCACUUUGUUGCAGAACAUGAAAUAUCAGACAGAUCUGCUCUGGUGAGGAAAGAUCCAGCUGACUUGGAAAUUGGUGCAAGUUCACCUCUAGAUGGAAGACCCCCUCCAGAUUGGAUAGAUGCCUUUGAAGACGUUCAGUACAACUUAUCCAAGCUUCCGAAGAAGAUCCAAGAGUUGAAGCAACUUCACGAAAGACAUUUGACGAGACCAUCACUGGACGAGAGCACAGAGGAGGAAAAGCAGAUUGAAGCACUCAGUCGUGAUAUCUCUCGUAUGUUUUCCCACAGUCAGCGUCUCCUACUUCAAAUCAAAGGCAAAGCAUCCCUAUCAAGGUCAGAUGAUGGACGUCUGAGCAAAAAUGUGAUCUCAUCAUUGGCUUCAUCAAUGCAGGAUCUAACAUCUGCAUUCAGGAUGGCUCAAUCCACUUACUUGAAGAACCUGAAAUCCCGGGAAGAGUGGUCUCAGCAAUAUUUUGAGAUACCCACCCCCCUGAACACUACAGUGAAUCAAAUCAUUGAUGAACCUGCUGGUGAUAUGGUUUGGUUUGAAGACCCAAAGGAAACACAGCAGCAGUUACUUCUUCUAGAGGAGAACACUGAGUGGUUGAAUCAAAGGGACAAGGAAAUCCAGGAGAUAGUGAAGUCUAUUGUGGAGCUGAAUGAUAUGUUUAGAGAUCUGGCUCAGUUGGUCAUUGACCAGGGUACAGUGUUGGACAGGAUAGAUUAUAACAUGGAAAACUGUCAAGUUCGUGUUCAUGAAGGAUUGCAGCAACUUCAGAAAGCUGCUCACCACCAGCAUAGAAGCCGCAAGAUGAUGUGUUUCAUGGGAUUGGCUGGUACGACAUUACUCCUGGUCAUUAUCCUCAUCAUUGUGAAGUCAUGAGCCAUCUGUAGUCUGUGCUCAUCCAUCUGUGAUCUCUUCCUUCGAGGACCAAUAUCCACUCACGUAUGAUUUCCCUACGCUUCUCGGCUUCGAUGCGGGCAUGACCUGUGUAUGGUCACUCUGCCUGUGAUUUUUUCUUGCAUCACACUGGGGAUAAAUGGUCAAUAGGAAGCACCAUUUCCUAAUAUCUUAUCUACCUACACUGUGGCAUAAGUGGUGCAAUGGCUGUGUGCAAUUUUCACCAGUUGCUAUCAUCAUGUUAAGAUUGAAGCAUGUGAAGUUUUUUCUCCAUUAAAUCUGUUUCUUUCCCUGAUGGACUGUCAAUCAAAGAUAGUCUUUGAAGAAACUGAACUAUUCAUAUCAACACUUCCAUUUCUAUCAGUGCUUUCUCCCAUGCAUAGGACUGUCAAAUCCUUUGGUGUUCACCUCAUCAGAAAUGUGUUAUCUCACUUUUCUUCCGGUUGUCGGCCAGUAUAUCUCCUGUCCAUUCUAGACCUAGAUGCUUCCAUAUCUAAUGUGGGCUCAUAAUUAAUAUGGAAUUGCGUUUUCGGGGAAGAUACAAUA